AACUCUCUCGAUCCCUCCUCCUCCAUUCUUCUCUUGCCAACCCACAAACGAAAAUAUGGGAGAUCUCAAGUUCUCGAGAUUGUUUCUAGUGGUGACUUUUCUUGUGUUUCUGGGUGUCUGCCGUGUCUCCGUGGCAGCAUCCGCUGUACAGCAGAAAAAGAAUACCUACAUAGUUCAUGUGGCGAAAUCCCAAAUGCCAGCGAGUUUCGAUGACCAUACUCGCUGGUACGACUCGUCGCUGAAAUCGGUUUCCGAAUCAGCGGAGAUGUUGUACACUUACAACAACGCGAUUCACGGGUUCGCCACUAGACUUACAGCCCAAGAAGCCAAAUCCCUCCAGGACCAACCCGGAAUCCUCUAUGUUUUGCCAGAGGUUAAGUACGAGCUCCACACAACUCGCACUCCUUCGUUUUUAGGACUCCAACAGAGUGCUAACUUGUUCCCGGAGUCGGACUCGGAGGGCGAUGUCAUCGUCGCCGUCUUAGACACCGGCGUCUGGCCCGAAAGCAAGAGCUUCGAUGACACCGGGAUGGGGCCCGUACCUGCUUCUUGGAAAGGAGCCUGUGAGACGGGGACCAACUUCACUUCCAAUCAUUGCAAUAAGAAGUUGAUUGGAGCGAGGUAUUUUUCAACGGGCUAUGAGGCUACUCUCGGCCCAAUUGAUGUUACGAAAGAAUCAAAAUCUCCUAGAGACGACGACGGCCACGGCACCCACACGUCCACCACGGCUGCUGGAGCAAUCGUAGGCGGAGCUAGCCUUUUCGGCUAUGCAUCCGGUUCGGCUCGUGGGAUGGCCUAUCGUGCCAGAGUUGCUGUAUACAAAGUUUGCUGGAUUGGGGGCUGCUUUAGCUCGGAUAUAUUAGCCGCCAUAGACAGGGCCAUCGAAGACUCUGUAAAUGUCUUGUCUUUGUCUCUGGGCGGCGGCACCGCCGACUACUACAGAGACAGUGUUGCUAUUGGAGCAUUUUCAGCAAUGGAGAAGGGAAUUUUCGUGUCCUGUUCAGCUGGAAAUGCGGGACCCAGUGCUUAUACUCUGUCCAACUUGGCACCCUGGAUUACCACCGUAGGUGCCGGAACUUUGGACCGAGACUUCCCGGCGUAUGUCAGCCUGGGCAACGGCAAGAAUUUCUCUGGAGUUUCGCUUUACAAAGGUGACUCGUUGCCCGCUAAGCUGCUGCCUUUUGUCUAUGCAGGGAACGCUAGCAAUUCCACCAAUGGGAAUCUCUGCAUGACCGGCACGUUAAUCCCUGAGAAAGUUAAGGGAAAAAUUGUCCUGUGCGACCGUGGGAUCAAUCCUAGGGUCCAAAAGGGUGCUGUGGUGAAAGGAGCCGGUGGGGCCGGGAUGGUUUUGGCCAAUACCGCCGCCAACGGUGAGGAGCUUGUGGCGGAUGCCCAUUUGCUCCCGGCCAGCACAGUGGGUCAGAAAUCAGGAGACGCGAUUAGAGAUUAUGUAUUGUCGGAUGCUAAUCCAACAGCGACGAUUCUUUUCGAGGGCACAAAGGUGGGGAUCGAACCGUCGCCGGUGGUAGCUGCUUUUAGCUCGAGGGGACCAAAUGCAAUCACACCCGAGAUCUUGAAGCCGGACCUGAUAGCUCCAGGCGUGAAUAUAAUAGCAGGGUGGACCGGGGCGGUGGGCCCCACCGGAUUGGCAGAGGACCCGAGGCGCGUGGAGUUCAACAUAAUCUCCGGCACCUCAAUGUCGUGCCCACACGUGAGCGGCUUGGCGGCGUUUGUCAAGGGGGCGCACCCAGACUGGAGCCCAGCCGCCAUCCGCUCGGCUCUCAUGACCACGGCCUACACCGCUUACAAAAACGGCGGUGAGAAGCUCAUAGAUGUCUCCACCGGAAAGGCAUCGACACCGUACGAUCAUGGAGCAGGGCAUGUGGACCCCGUCGCAGCCCUCAACCCGGGACUCGUCUAUGACCUGACCACCGACGAUUAUCUCAAUUUCCUAUGCGCAUUAAAUUACACGUCCCUGCAAAUUCAAGGGGUCGCCAGGCGAAAUUACAGCUGUGAUGCCGAUAAAACCUACAGCAUCGGGGAUUUCAACUACCCUUCAUUUUCGGUGUCGCUGCAGACUCAAGUGAUUGGGGGGGGCGGUGGUUCCCGCAGCGGCGGCGGAAGCAAGAGCGUAGUUAAGUACACGAGGACGCUUACCAACGUUGGGGGAGGCUCCGGAGGAAGUACGUACAAGGUUUCAAUCUCGACGACAAGUCCAGCAGUUAAGAUUACGGUGGAACCCGAUACAUUAACUUUCACAAAAGCAUACGAGAAGAAGUCGUAUACGGUGACGUUCAGUGCAACUUCAAUGCCAUCUAAUACUAACGAGUUUGGUAGAAUAGAGUGGUCAGAUGGGAAGCAUGUUGUGGGGAGCCCUGUGGUCAUUAGCUGGAUAUAGGCUAGCUAGAGACUGAAAAGAGGACAGGACAGGUUACAUGAAUGGUGAAUUGCUGGGCUUUGCUCAAAGGGGCUGUGAGCCUAGUUGGUUUUACUAGUUUCUUUUAAGUUAUGAUUAUAAAUUCCCUUCUAUGUUUUGCGCAUUUAUUACAGUUUGAUUUGGUGUUGUUCUGCUGGAGGUAGAAAA